UUGAAGUUUGAAUGAUUAUAAACUAUUGAAGGUCAUUGCUUUCUCAUGGCACUAAAACCCUAUUUAAACGCAGUUAGGCACACUCUAAAUGCAGCAUUAUGUGUUCAGAAUUUUUCUUCACAAGUUGUUGAACGUCACAACAAACCUGAAAUAGAAGUUCGAACCUCCAAGGAACUACUACUAAACCCCGUAAUUAUUAGUCGGAAUGAAAAAGAGCGGGUACUGAUUGAAGGGUCAAUUAAUUCAGUUCGUGUCAGCAUUGCUAUCAAACAGUCUGAUGAAAUCGAAAAGCUACUUUGUCGAAAAUUCACUCGGUUUAUGAUGACUCGUGCAGAAGACUUUGUUAUACUUAGGCGUAAACCUGUCCCUGGCUAUGACAUCAGUUUUCUUAUCACUAAUUUUCACACGGAACAGAUGUCAAAGGCAAAAUUGGUUGAUUUCGUAAUUACUUUCAUGGAUGAGAUUGAUAAAGAAAUUUCCGAAAUGCGCUUAGCAGUGAAUUCUCGGGCUCGUCAAUGUGCUGAAGAAUUUUUGAAGGCGUUUGACUAACAGAUAUGUGAAGACGUCUGAAAAGAACGAUGCAGUUUACGAGGAGUCGAAAUUUUCGUUGCAACUCUUUCUUUUUUUGCUAUGUUGUACCUCGGUCCCAUAUAGUAAGGAAAGACGACCAGACGCUGCUACAUUUAGUAAGCUAUCAGAAAAGUGUUUACCAACGACAAACUCGUUGGGUUUAAACUUCUGGCUGGCCACGUCUUAGGGUCGUCACUGCCCCACUAGGGGGGGAGUGAUCUGUAGCGGUAAAUAAAUCCCCAAAAUAAAUAGCUCUGUAAGUUUUCGACAUUGGAUGCUGACCAUAUGUUUUAGUGGACUCAUCUAGCUGAAGGUGCUCGGUCAUGCAUCCGCACCAGAUCAUGUGUGGUAACGCCGUGCUCAACAUCAACCGCAGUCGCUAGCCAGAUUAGAUCAGAGAAUUCCGAUAUAUUGGUCAUCGCCAAAUAUACUCUUCCGAUCUCCUCGA